AUGUACAUGUCAGUGCGUCUCAGCCGGGGGUUGACGAUGAUAUCGCUCCUGUUGAUCAUUCGUUCCAUAUAUUUGUUGGCUGUCUACAGAAACCGACCGCAGGGGACCGAUCAUUUUGGGUACGCCUUCUACGCUACCAGUGACAAUUACGCCUGCUCGGCAUUGGUCAACAUCCAUCGUCUCUGCUUUCUGUUCCACACCAAGUUUCCCAUCUAUCUCCUCACGACUACGGCCGUGUCACAGGCCUUCAAGGAAACGGCAAAGGAGCGGUAUGACGUCACCGUUAUCGAGCACGCGCCGCCGCCGCUGGCCGUAGGCGGUGCCCCAUACUACCGCGAUGUCCUGCUCAAGCUGGUCAGGCCGCUGGACGAGAUCUUCACCCAGAUACCGCCAGGUGUUGAGGUGGCCGGGGCACAUGCCUAUUGGUUGACCGAUGAACCCGUCGCCACGUCCGCCAUGAUCAUGGUGUCCCCCUCGGAGCCGUUGUGGGAGAGGAUGAAUUCCUCCCUCGCGAGCGUCAUGCAAGACCAGUAUGACAUGGAUCUGAUCAAUUCGAUGUUCCGGCGUGAAAUCAUGCUCCUACCCGGUAACUACGUCACCUUGAACAGUCACUGGGAAACAAAUGAACUUCCGGUGUGGUCCCGGUAUCGGAGGGUAUCGCCUGAAGAGCCUCCGGAUAGGCAUAGUGUCAUGAACACGACAGUCCCAGAUGAACCUAGCUCUCCACGGGGUGGCAGCGCACUCGAGGGGACUCGGACUCAAAUGAUCGGGACCUCCACUACUUCGACGGUGAAUACGCAGACAGCCUUCGGCAAUUCUGAGGCGCUUAUCCCAUAUGAUCCCGGAGUUGUUGAUCCCUUGACCUCAAUCUUCAACGAAAAUGUUUACAUCCUGCACUUCACCGCCUUGGGCAAACCCUGGUCGUACACGGUCGAAGGAGUCAUGAGGCAGCGACCCAAAGCUCACCCUUUGUUUGCACAGCAGUUUCUACUCUGGCGCGUCGCUGCGCGGCAUGUUUGUCCGGUCUUCGACGGCCUUGAUGUUGCCUAA